CGUGAUCUGCAGAAAUAGCACUGAAGUUCACUUUGUCGCCAAAUCAGUUCAACAAAGUCAAGCGCGGUACAAUCAUCAUAGACGUGAGUCACAGCUAUUGGGACAGGACUAAACCUGCGAGAGCACUGAGUUCACUGAAGAAAAGUAGGUGCUUCGCUGAUUGUUUUAUUAUUUUUAUUUGUUUUUUGGUCAUUUUUAUCUUGUUCUUGUAGAACACCUCAGCUUAGCUAUGAUUGUUAGCUAAGCAUUCUUUUUACAUCAGGAACAUAUGUUUAUUGGACUAUUAAAGAGACGUUUGAGAACUUUUGCACCACUGUUCAUAGAAUAUUACAAAAUACCUGGAUUUAACAUACUUUGUCACUGAAGACACUCUGAUCGUGUGGAAAUUCGUUAUCAACACUCAGAAAUUUCCUCCUCUUUCCCUGGAUCAUGUACCAGGAUUACACCGUGACAUACGACACAUCCUCCCGCGGCAGCAGCAGCUCACCGGCGCACCCGAACACCAGCCCCAUCCCUGCCUCCAACUAUCAGAAGUAUAGAGUAGACAUGCCUGGCUCUAGCAGUGCCUUUAUUCCAACCAUUAAUGCCAUAACUACCAGUCAGGACUUGCAGUGGAUGGUUCAGCCUACAGUAAUCACCUCCAUGUCUAAUCCAUACUCUCGGCCUCACCCGUAUGGCCUGUCUGUGUCGAGUGGCCCAGGCCUCCUCAGCCAUACAGCCCUCACACGGCCCGGGGUCAUACGGUCAAUCGGCGAUGCCCGUGGAAGACGCAAGAGAGAUGAGCAGCUCACCCCAGAAGACGAGGAGAAGCGUAGAGUUAGGCGAGAAAGAAACAAACUUGCUGCAGCAAAAUGCCGGAACCGCAGGAGAGAACUGACUGAUAUGCUGCAAGAGGAGACUGAGAAGUUAGAGGAGGAGAAGGCUGACCUGCAAAAAGAAAUCGAGACACUGCAGAAGGAAAAGGACAAGUUGGAGUUUAUGUUGGUGGCCCACAAUCCAGUCUGCAAGCUGCCUCCUGAGGAACACCACCAGAGCUCUCACACCCAGCACUGCGCACCCCUUCCUCUGACCAUGCGCCCCAGCCUGGGGCACCGGGGCCAUAUGAACACCCUCCACCCAGUGGUGGUGAAGCAGGAGCCUUUGGAAGAAGAUGACGAAGAAGAGGAGGGAAAAGUCCAGCAUUCCGUCACUAAGCCGAUCUGCAUGGGUGGAAUAUUUUGUUCGGAUGGAGACAGUCUCAACACACCUGUGGUCGCUGCCUCCACCCCAGUGUCCACCCCUAGCAACCCCAGCCUUAUCUUCACUUACCCCAGCAUGCUGGAGCCUGAGAGCCCUUCACCCUCAUCAGAGUCCUGCUCCAAAGCCCACCGGCGCAGCAGUAGCAGUGGCGAUCAGUCCUCGGAUUCCCUCAAUUCUCCAACCCUGCUGGCGCUUUGAAGAAAAAUUUUACUUUGUUUUGAAACGGAGAACACUCAGCUGGGAUUUGAGUUAGGAUCACACCUCUGCAAAGGGCUAACUUUAUUUUAUUUAAAUGUUACAGAAGAGAGUUUGUGUUGUUGUUUUAAUGUUUGUUUGAAUUCCACCCACUAUUUCAGCUAUGAAUACUGGGGAGGUUUUGUACUGAAAUCCUGAAAACCGAAAGUCAACAAAUGAAAGCAAAAGAUUGCAUUUGUUACCUUUAAUAUCACUCAAAGUAUUUUGCCGUCAACAUGUAUUAAAGCCAUCAGUCGCUAGUUAGGAAGAGCAACUGGUUACUAUUUCCUGCUGGCCAUCUGUCUAAACAGGGUGGAAUUGCUUGAAAGAUCAAAUUCCUGAUAGGUACAGAAUCCAACAUUGGACACAAUGGUAUAUAAUGCCCUCAAAACAUCAUUAAGUUUGUAUUUGUGAUGUAAAUAUUGUCCCAUUGUAUUUUGUGUCCUGCUGUUUAAACUAUUUAUGGUUCACUGGAUGAGCCUGAAACAACCCUAAUUAUAUUGUAUAAUUAAAAGCUGAACUUUGUUGAUAUGUGUGGCACAAGCACAAAAAUUAUUUGUCAAAUUUACAUAGCUUUUGCUAUGUAAAGUAAUGAGUGAAUCUAAUGUCAGGGAAUUUUGUCUUUGAAAGUGAGCCAUACAAGCAUUAUUAGAAGCAAUUGCACACAGAAUACAAAGCAAAUGACAAUAAAAAACAUGUUCAUGAGGGAAACACUAGCCAUAUUAGGCUCUACCUCUAACCCUGACAUGGCAAUACCACUUUUGUAUUGGCAAACACUGUGGUUUUCAAAUAAUAAUAAUAAUAAAAAAUAUGAUGAGUAUGAAUUGCUUUUAUAAUAUAUACAUAAAAUGUCUUGAUAUGCCCUUUUUGCCGGGUACAGUUUGAACUGAAACAUAUACCAGCCAUAAGAGCUCUUGUCCCUGAAACACUGAUUGGCUUAAUUGCUGCACUUGGGAACAUAUGCACUUUUUUAGCAACCUUACAAUCAAAUAAAAUUCCAUUCCUUACAAAGUUGGAUUAAAGAUGGAACAUAAAUUAUUUUUAAAUGUUUGAUGCAAAUGUGAGUCUGUUGUGCAUAGAACACUGAAAAAAAGAUACUGAUUGCAAUAUUUCCCAAUAAACUCUUUAAAAACAUUCUAAGGAAAAUAAGACUGAACUGAGAUUAAUGACUGAGGUUGAAUGGUAGGAUUUUGUUGUACUGGAUGCAGCAAAUUGAAGCAAAACAAAUGCUGCUUAACUGGCUUCUAUUUGAAGGACAUUGUUGCUUUUUAAAUGUUGGGAAUGUUGAAGGAUCUGAGAGACAAUUCCAAAGUUUGUUAAAUCAAGUAUGAGAGAUUUUCGUUACGAAAAACCAAUGUAAUACCAAAAAAAAAAAAAGUUUGAGGACUGUGUAUUGUAAACUGUUCACUGUCGGUCUUUGAACCCUGUGUAUUUUGAGUAAGCCGUCUUUACAGCUUUUUGCACAUGUCCUGCUUAUGGGUCUGUAUUUUUUUUGAUAGACAGAAAAUGACCAACAAAAACAGCAAUAUGUAAGGCAGUGUUUGGUCAUUUAAAUUUCUUGUUAUAAUAAUAAUAAUUAACAAAAAAUAUUCCAAAAUGGUAAUUUUGGGUAAUUGUACUUUGCUUGUGCACAGUUGUUUUGGUAUGUUUAGAUUGUUACACUGUGGUGCUUCUAAGUAAAAAAAACAACAGAAAAAACACAACAUUGGUUAAAUGCACCUGAUGUAUAUGUCAGUUAUUCAUUCUGUAUAAUUUCUGCAUUUCAUCAAAGAUGCAGAUUAUUCAUCCUAAUGUUGGACCUAAAGCUGUCAUUUAAUUUUGAUAUUUGCUUUAUCCAUCAUGGCAACUGUUAAUGUUAAUGCUAAUAUUGAAAACACAAAUUUUGCAAAAUACAUAAAAUAAUUGUUGAAAAUGGACUGAUAAAAAAUAGGACCCAUGAAGGAAAAUAAGAAUGUAUAUAUAUAUAUUCAGUAACAGUAAAAUGUUUUCUGUUCAAAAGUUAAUCUGUGCCCAUAAAACUACAAUUCUGCUUAAAUUGUAAGUAUCAAGACUGUGUGACUGGCAAGCUGCACUUUAUGUGAAUUCAAAAUUUAUAAAAUUGUUCAUUAUUCAACUUUUACAUUGACUAAUUUACCCAUAGGUUCUAGACACAUGAAAACAAAUAUUGAAGAGAGACGUGACAAACUGAGACAGUACCCAUUUGGCAAAUUAGAUACGCAUGCUUGUAUCUAACAAUAUACUAUAUGAUCAUUAUGCAGUUUCAAUGAAUUAUUGUCACUUGAAGAAUAUCCCUAAACAUUUCAAAUGAAAAAGCUGAUAUUUUGGUGAAAGGUGCAUUCAUUAUUUUACAUAAUAAUAAUAAUUAUUAUUAUGAAUGGAUGGUCCGCUGUCUCACGUUACCUGAUCAAGUAUUGUGUUGAUUAUGUACUGGUUGAAAAUCAUUGGCCAGAUUUAGCUUUUGGUAAAAGUUUAAUCAAUCCUUAAAACAUUAAUAGUUGUUUUGCAGUUGUGUAUUGAGCUGUUGACCAAAUUCAUGUGUC